AUGUACGCUACCGCGCCAACCACCUCAGCUUGGCUGGGUACCCAAUUUGCUUUUGCUUCACACCCCUGGCCCACUAGUGCGCUUGAGCCUUCUGGCCUGAGCAAGGCGGUGGAACCUGAACCUCCCUCUCAAUACCGACCCUCUCAGUACCAACCACCCUCCCAAUACCAAACUUCUCACACUCACGUAGAGGUCGACACCCACCGUCAUCCCUACUACUCCACCCCCAUCGAUCUCGCUGAACGUGAAUACCGCCAGCGUUACCGCCCUGCCCAAGCCUUUUCCACUGAAGACCCUACUUCCCACUCUCACUCCCACUCCCACUCUCACCACCAAACUCAAGACAACUUCCAAGCCAACAACUACACCGUUGAAGGCCGACCGACUCCCCAAUUCUAUUCCUCCGAGAAGACUGAAAUCAACAACUUCACCGUUGACGGACGCUCCUCCCGCCCUCAGUACAACCAGACCGAGAAGACCGAGUUUAACAACUUCACUGUUGACGGCCGUUCUUCCCGACCUCAAUACACUUCUGAGAAGACUGAAAUCAACAACUUCACUGUUGACGGCCGCUCUUCCCAGCCCCAGUACCGCGAUACCAAGACAACUCAGGUCAACAACUUCACCGUUGACACACCUGUUGCUCGUCCAUCUAACAAGAAGGACGUGAGAUUCACUGAAGAAAUCGUCGAAACUACAAAGGUCGACAACAACAAGUCCAAGAUGGGUUACUACGACGACGACGGUCAAUACAACUCUUUCCGCGCCGGUGCUCACAAGCUCGGUGAUCGCAUCGCCCAUGGAGGUCGUCGCGAUAUUGAGAUUGACAUUCACGAGGGUCCCCGUCCCUCUGCUGACUGCCUUCUCAACACCGUCAGCAUCCCCUGCCACCACAUCCGCCUGGGUGACUUCUUGAUGCUUCAGGGCCGCCCCUGCCAGGUCAUCCGCAUCUCUACCUCCUCUGCCACCGGUCAGUACCGCUACCUUGGUGUCGAUCUCUUCACCAAGCAGCUUCACGAGGAGUCCUCUUUCAUCUCCAACCCUGCCCCCAGCGUUGUCGUUCAGUCCAUGCUCGGCCCUGUCUUCAAGCAGUACCGUGUCCUCGACAUGCAGGAGGGUUCAAUCGUUGCCAUGACCGAGACUGGUGACGUCAAGCAGGGUCUCCCUGUCAUUGACCAGUCCAACCUCUACGCCCGCCUCAGCAGCGCUUUCGAGUCUGGCCGUGGUUCCGUCCGUGUCCUCGUUCUUAACGACGGUGCUCGUGAGCUCGCCGUUGACAUGAAGGUCAUCCACGGCUCUCGCCUGUAA